CUUUGGAUGUCUUGAAAAUAAGCUUGCCACCCUCCCUCACUUCUCACUUCCUCUACAACCCACAGGGGCAAGAUAUGCAAUAUCAAUGAAAAAGGAAGAGGCGUGGGCCUUUUUCUGCCCUCUGAGGAGCGGGUUGGCUUUGUCUCACUUGCACAGAAGGAACUGAUCAGAAGAGAGAACUUCACAACACACCCAAAAAAAUAGCUGAGAAGAAGCCAGAGAGACUGACUACUUGAUGAGAUGCUUCAUGAGCGCUUCCUUCUGCUGUCUGGCGCUGGACUGCUGAUUCUGACAUCAGCGCUGUCUCUUGAGUGCACCAAAUACAAUGUGAAAACCUGUCAGGACUGCAUCCAGUCUGGCCCGGGAUGCGCCUGGUGUAAGAAGCGGGAUUUCACAAAAGUAGGAGAACAAGAUUCCAGUCGCUGUGACACCAGGGAACAACUCCGGCAGAGGGGAUGUGGGGAUGACAUAAUUUUUCCAGAAAGCUUUGCCCAGCCAGGUCCACCACCAAGUCAGAUAAAGCAAAUCCAUCCUGAGAAUGUGCAACUGCAGCUAAGACAAGAUCUACCUGCUGUUUUUAAUGUGACAUUCCGCCGUGGGGAGGACUACCCUAUAGAUCUUUACUAUUUGAUGGACCUCUCAUACUCUAUGAAUGAUGAUCUGGAAAAUGUGAAGAAGCUAGGAGGAGACCUGCUGAAUGCUCUCAAAAAGAUUACCAAACAUGCUCGAAUAGGGUUUGGCGCCUUUGUGGAUAAGACAGUGUUGCCCUUUGUUAACACCCACCCAGAGAAGCUGCAGAACCCUUGUCCAAGCAAGGAGACCAAAUGUCAGCCACCAUUUGCUUUCAGGCAUGUGCUCAGCCUCACAGACAGGGUAGAGAAGUUCAAAGAAGAAGUCGGCAAGCAGGAUAUAUCAGGGAAUCUUGACGCCCCAGAGGGAGGACUCGACGCCAUGAUGCAAGCUGCUGUCUGUGGGGCUAAGAUUGGUUGGAAAAAUGUGACACGCUUACUGGUGUAUACGACAGAUGAUGGCUUCCAUUUUGCUGGGGAUGGUAAACUUGGAGCCAUCUUAACUCCUUAUGAUGGGAAAUGCCACCUGGAGGAAAAUAUGUAUAAAAGGAGCAAUGAAUAUGACUAUCCAUCUGUUGGUCAGUUGGUUCAAAAACUUGAAGAAAACAAUAUCCAGCCCAUUUUUGCUGUUACCAGUAAAAUGGUUGAUACAUAUCGGAAACUCAGUGAGAUGAUUCCCAAAUCUGCUGUGGGAGAGCUGCAGGAAGACUCAAAUAAUAUUAUCCAACUCAUCCAGCGUGCCUAUGAUAGUUUGUCUUCCAAAAUUAUUUUGGACCAUGGCCCUUUGCCAAACUUCAUCAAAAUCACGUAUGAUUCCUUCUGUCCUAACCAAAUACACACCAAGGAUAAACCAAGAGGGGAAUGUGACAACGUGAAGAUAAAUGAUCAGAUUACUUUCCAGGUGAAAGUUACAGCAACCAAAUGCAUUGACAACGAAAUGGUUACUAUCCGGGCUCUUGGUUUCACAGACUCCCUUGCUGUGCACAUGCGCGGUCGAUGCAACUGUGAAUGUGAUGAGGAAAUAUCAAGUAGCUCUGACUGCAGUGGACAUGGGAAAGUAGAUUGUGGAAUCUGCAGCUGUUUUCCUGGCUUUAUUGGAAAGAAUUGUGAUUGUCAAACUGGAGGCAAAUCCAGCAAGGAGCUGGAGAAGAGUUGCCGGAAGGACAAUGCCUCUGUCACCUGCUCCGGCCUGGGCGACUGUGUGUGUGGGCAGUGUGUUUGCCACACUGAUGAAGCAUCCAAAAAGAAGAUCUAUGGUGCUUUUUGCGAGUGUGACAACAUGAACUGCGAGAUUCACAAUGGUCAACUUUGUGGCGGAGAAAUACGAGGACGGUGUGAUUGUGGGAAAUGCAAAUGCAAUCCUGGCUAUGGCGGCAGCGCCUGCCAAUGUGAAACUUCAACAGACGGUUGCUUGAACAUCAAUGAGAGCGUCUGCAGUGGCCGUGGGGAAUGUGUGUGCAACACAUGCCAAUGUAAACAAGGCUAUCAGCUUCCACACUGUGAAGAUUGCGAAGGCUGUCCAUCACCCUGUCCCAGACAUGUAUCAUGUGUUGAGUGCCAUUACUUUCAGAGUGGUCCAUUUCAGAAGAAUUGCUCUCAAGCUUGUUCACACAUUACUCUGAGAGAUAAUGUGAUAUCCAAAAGUAAAGAAUGCAAGGAGAAAGAUUCUCAGAAUUGCUGGAUCUCCUACUCUAUGUUUCAAAUGGAUGGAGAGGAGACAUACUCCGUUAAAGUGGAACCUGUAAAAGAAUGCCCAGAACCCCCUAAUGUCGCAGCCAUCGUAGGGGGCACCGUUGCUGGUGUGGCUCUUAUCGGCCUCCUCCUCCUCCUGAUUUGGAAGCUGGUAACGGAGCUGAUUGAUCGCAAGGAAUAUCACCGAUUUGAGAAAGAGAAGUCCAAGGCUAAGUGGAAUGAUGCUGAUAAUCCUCUUUUCAAGAGUGCCACAACCACAGUUGUGAACCCCCGAUUUAAUGGCCAGUGAAGUUCAACUACAGCAACACGGGAAAGCACAAAUAAAUUCUUCAGGAGAGAAGCAGAAGAUGUUGAUUUUAUUCUCCACUGUACUUUACUCCUGUCAACCACUAUCCAUGUCACAUCUUGUGUUUUCAAUAACCCUUUGUGUGGCUUUUUUCAAACAUGCUUUGAUACUGAUGAUUUUCUUUUCAUAAAAAAGGUCUCCCUGUUAAGAUUGCUUAAUCACACACACCAUGGAAUGAUCUCAACUUGCAUUUCCACUUAUCCUGCCCAAGGCACUCAGAGCAACUUCUCCAGUUAUCAGCUGUUAAAGGCCAACACUUGGAACCCAAA